AUGUCGAGAUUUUUGGCUGCCAGGCCUAUGUUUUGCCCUGGUCGGGGCGGGGAAGGAAAGCUCAAGGACAACCCGUACUUCGACAGCUACCAGUGGGCGCAGCUGUUGGCACUGCUGUCGCAGGGCUUCGCGGGCCUGUCCCCGCUGCCCUGCCGGGCCAGCAGCCGCGACGUGGCGGUGCAGGUAAACCCACACUGCCACGCCUGGGUGCAGUGCUCGCUGGGCUGUGAAUGGCCGGUGGACGCGCCAGGGCCGCAGCCGCAGCCGCAGGAGGCCCAACGGGACGUGGCUCCCCCGCGGACGCACCCACGAGUCCGGAACCGCCCCCGGCGCAGGGGAAGGACAAAGAAGCCUCAGGCGAGGAGACGGACCACCGGAACCUCACGUCUGCGCUUCCAGUUCUUAGAGCAGAAAUAUGGCUUCUACCACUGCAAGGACUGUAACAUCCGAUGGGAAAGCGCCUAUGUGUGGUGUGUGCAGGGCACGAAUAAGGUUUACUUCAAGCAGCUUUGCAGAAAUUGUCAGAAGUCUUACAAUCCUUACCGGGUGGAGGAUAUCACCUGUCAAAGCUGUAAAAAGAUGAUCUGUUCCUGCUCCAUCAGGGCCCACACUGACCCCAAAAGGUCUCAUCGCCAAGAUCUGUGUGGCAGAUGCAAAGGCAAACGCCUGUCUUGCGACAGCACGUUCAGCUUCAAAUAUAUCGUUUAA